AUGGCCAAGUACCUUCCGUCUAUUAGAAAAGAAGCGCAACUCAACGAAGAUUGCGACAAGUUUGCACCUGGUGAAUCUCUUCAGGGAGUGGAGGUGGUACAUGAUCAGAAUUGCGAUUGGUCCACUCCAGACCUAGACACAGAAAAUGAAACUGAUGAUCCUCCAACCAGAUACUACUUUGCUGCUUACCUCGCGCCUGAGAUCUAUGGUGAACCAUCCGAAGUCAACCAAUACAUCGACUCUUGGGGCUUGGGUUACAUUACGGUGGAGAUGGUUUUGGGCUAUGGAAUCUUCCUCCCAAUGCCUUGGGCAAGCACGCAGGACCAGCACCUUUCUCCCGAUUGGCGGCUCGAACUGCCACCUGAUGCAGUCAGUAAACUGACUCCCGAGUGCCGGAGUUUUGUCUGUAAGAUGCUAGUGCGCCACCCACAGCAGCGUUUGAGUCUCAGAGGUGCAAUGAAGCAUGCGUUCUUUUCUCGCGUACCUUGGCAGAGCUUGCCCUCGCUGACCGGCCCAAAUAUAUCAAAAUUCGGUAGUCCUGAGGACCUACGGAAGCAACGCAUUGUGACUGAUAACAUCCACCACCCAUUUAGUCAGCGACAAAAGACCUUUACAUUGAGAAGGCGUCUAAAUUCAGAUUCCAAGACCGAAACCCACCCGACACACCAGAAGUCAAUGGAAAAGGGUCUUGGUGACUCUUCAUCCGAGCGUAGCAAAAAAAUACGCAACAGCCGUUGUCAACUGCAAUCGAGGAAUGGAGGACCUGGCAUCCGAAACCCAAGUUCCACAGAACGCAAAAUUGAAGGCCAACAGAAAAGUCGCAUAAAACUGGGAGGAGAGGCUCCUGGAUCUUUGAAGGUAAACAGUGCCUUGAAGAAGAAACGAGGAAAGAAACAGCUACCAUAA